AUCAUCCUCCUCUUUCCACAGCAGCAACUGACUCUCUCUCUCUCUCUCUCUCUCUCUCUCUCAGCGCAAAAACGAUGGAGUUCACAGCAGCAGCAUCUUCUCUCUCUCGACACCCCCGCUGCUUCCGCCUCUUCUCUCUCUCUCUACCCAUUUUCUCUGAAUUCAAAACCAGUCCCUCGAUUCCCAGUCCUUCCCCCAAACUCCCCCUUCUCGUCGCCCGCUGUAGUAGCUCUGGCUCCGUCACCGCAAAGCCCUCGUCGGAGCUCCGAAAGAAACGCGCCGCCGGUUCGGAGCGAGACGACAAGCUUCGAGCCCUCCGUGAGCUCUUCUCGAGGCCAGGGAUUGGCAUCGAUGCUUACAUCAUCCCUUCUCAGGACGCCCAUCAGAGUGAAUUCAUAGCUGAAUGUUAUAUGAGAAGGGCCUACAUAUCAGGAUUUACUGGUAGUGCUGGGACUGCUGUUGUCACAAAGGAUAAAGCAGCUCUGUGGACGGACGGACGAUAUUUUCUUCAGGCAGAGAAACAGUUGAGCUCUAGCUGGAUUCUCAUGCGGGCUGGUAAUAUGGGAGUGCCUACCGCUGGUGAAUGGCUUAAUGAUACUUUGGCUCCGGGUUGCAGAGUCGGCAUCGAUCCUUUUCUUUUUUCUUCUGGUGCUGCAGAGGAAUUGAAAGCGGUCAUAUCUAAGAAAAAUCAUGAGUUGGUUUACUUGUUUGACAUAAAUCUGGUGGAUGAAAUAUGGAAAGGCUCAAGGCCGAAACCUCCAAGCAGACCCAUAAGAGUCCAUGACCUAAAAUAUGCUGGUGUUGAUGUGGGGGCAAAAUUGUCUUCCCUGAGGUCUGAACUCAAAGAUGCUGGUACAUCUGCAAUUGUUAUCUCUAUGCUUGAUGAAAUUGCGUGGCUUCUGAACUUGAGAGGAAAUGAUGUCCCGCAUUCACCUGUUAUGUAUGCGUACUUAAUUGUGGAGAUGGAUGGAGCAAAAUUAUUUAUUGAUAACUCGAAAGCUACCCUAGAUGUUAUGGAGUACUUGAAGAAUGCAGGCGUAGAGUUGCGACCAUAUGAAUCAAUUCUUUCAGAGAUAGAAAGUUUGGCAAUGAGAGGGGCACAACUUUGGUUGGAUACAUCAUCGGUUAAUGCUGCUAUUGUGAACACAUACAAGUCUGCCUGUGAGAGAUAUUUUGGAAGCCUUGGAAAUAAAAGCAACAAUAACAGAAAUAUAUCCAUAUCCUACGAUGGUUACAAUGGUCAAUCUGGGGGACCUGCUUUUAUUUGUAGGACUUCCCCUGUUGCUAUGGGAAAGGCUGUGAAAAAUCAAGCUGAGUUAGAAGGAAUGUGCAGCUCUCAUCUACGGGAUGCAGCUGCUCUAGCACAAUUUUGGGCCUGGCUGGAGGAGGAAAUUCACAUGGGCGUGGUUUUAACAGAAGUAGAAGUUGCGGACAAACUUCUGGAAUUUCGUUCAAAGCAAGCUGGUUUUGUUGAUACUAGCUUCGAUACAAUAAGUGGUUCUGGUGCAAAUGGUGCUAUUAUACAUUACAAGCCGGAGCAAGAUAGCUGUAGCAUUGUGGAUGCAAAGUCACUCUUCCUAUUAGAUAGUGGAGCUCAAUAUAUUGAUGGAACCACUGAUGUUACGAGGACAGUACAUUUUGGGGAACCCUCUACACGGCAGAAAGAAUGUUUCACUCGAGUUCUACAGGGCCAUAUUGCUCUUGAUCAGGCAGUAUUCCCGGAAAAUACCCCGGGUUUUGUUUUGGAUGCUUUUGCCCGUUCUUUCCUUUGGAAGAUUGGACUCGAUUACCGACAUGGGACUGGCCAUGGUGUAGGAGCAGCGCUGAAUGUCCACGAAGGCCCUCAAAGUAUCAGCUUUCGAUUUGGGAAUAUGACCCCCUUGCAGAAAGGCAUGGUUGUUAGCAAUGAACCUGGCUAUUACGAAGACCAUGCUUUUGGCAUUCGGAUUGAGAAUCUCCUUUAUGUGGAAGAGGCAGACACGCCAAAUCGAUUUGGAGGAAUUGGGUAUAUGGGAUUUGAAAAGCUUACAUUUGUUCCCAUUCAGGCAAAGUUGGUUGACUUAUCUUUGCUCUCUGUUGCCGAAGUUGAAUGGCUGAAUAAUUACCAUUCACAAGUUUGGGAGAAGGUUUCACCUCUGCUGGAUGGUUCUGCACGUCAAUGGCUCUGGAACAACACACGACCACUUGUCAAACCCUAAAUUGUAUACCGUCUGUGAUUGUAGUCAAGUUGUUUGUAGAUAAGGUACCGAAUUUGUUUGCAGUUAUUACAAGAAUCAUUCUGUAUGCAUUUUGUUAUAAGAAUAUUUUUUAGUUUGUGCCAUUUCUUGGCGAAAUAAUUUCAUCUAAGUGUAACAAGUACACGAAAUGUUCCAAGUCUUCCAUUUACUUUUUUU